AUGGUCGUCGGUUGGCAACUAACACUCUUGCAGGUUCUAAAGCCCUCUCGCAAUGUGCUGCUCAUGCGCAGGCUCGCAAGAUCGAACGUCUGGAAGCAACUCGAAAUCAGUCACAGCAGGAGAGAGUUGGAAGACCUUGCUCAGGAAAUAAUGGGCAACUUCUGGAAAGGGACUCGGUCAGAGAUGAUGAUGAGUAACAGGAUUGGAUUGAGCGUUGAACGUCUAGUCCAACGCUGUGUAGAUGUAUUUGAUGCCCAGCUUCCGGUGAUUACGGAAGCUUACCUUGAAUGGAGUUUGCAGCGCGCUGAGAAGGUAACUCUCACCCUCAAGGCCACCGACUCCUUUAUCGCUUCUGCCCUCAUUCGUCAGGGUGUAAUUCCUUGUUCUCUGAUCUCUCCAUCUGUUGCUGUGACAGUGGAUGCCCUUGAGUGCUACCGAAUCGCACAUCUACGUGACCCGCAUUUCUCGAUGCAAGCAUUUGCCAAGACUCUGUGUGAUUUGCACGCGGUUGAAUAUUGUCACUACCUCUCACGUCAACUGACCAUAGCGUUUAAUCUAUAUCUACAGGUCCACUCAAGUGUUGAUGCACUUGUGGCUGAAGUCCUUAAUUGCAACACGCCCAAUUGGCGCCUCAAGCAUGCAUGUCCAUCAUGCACUUAUACAUUGGCGGACGAAGAACAACUCACAUUCAAGCUCCUGAAUGCCAUGGAUGGCAAUGACUCGUUGAAGCGCAUUCUUCGGCGAACACUUGGUGUCGAUGACGAGGACACUCAGUCAUCUGAACUCCCACAAUGCAACAAGUCCGAGGAGAAUCUGUGUGCAGGGCGAUGGAAAAACAUGGAUGACGAAAAGACUAAAUGGAUGUGGGGAGUGUAUGAUGAAACAGGUAUAUUUAUUGCCGUCUGCCACCAUGGCUUUAGUCUGGUGAUGGCUGAUAUGGUACAGAGCAGGGAAUUGGCAAAAUAUCCACUUGCUGUGGUUUUGAAGCUUCUCGACACAUUUGGUAGCGACCUCGGUGGUGGAUACGACAUCGGAUGUCAAUUCAAGACAACACUUGACAACAGUUCAUUGGGUACCCGUGCACGAUCCCUCAACUACACAUCGCUGGUCGGUGCUUUUCACGGGUACGCUCACAAAUGGCUUUGUCAGCUCAACCACCUCGCAAUGUAUGUUUCUGGUCUAGGGCUCGAAGACUUGGAGACAUGCGAACGUACCUUUUCAAAGUCAAAUGCAUUAGCGUCGACAAUGCACUAUGCCAGCAUCUUCCACCAUCAGCAAGGUAUUACAAAUUAUUUUGAACACAAUGAUGACUAUGAGAUGUACGCAAAUUUAUCAAAUUUUCUGUACCAUAACUACAAGCAAGCCCUCAAUAUCAUUUGUGACAGCCAAAUAACACUACCAAAGCUCAUGCAAGAUAUCAAUGUUACCGAGGAAUCUACUUUCAAUGAGUGGUUGAAAGAGGAGAAAGUUUACCUCCAGGGUCUUUGCACCGAGCCCGAGCUCAAGACAUUGCAGAUGGAGUAUUGGCAGAAGUUGGUCAAUCUGAGUGCCAGCAAGAAUGAACUGGAUACUGCCAGCUCACUGUGGGCUAUGUCCACACCUUCAAAUGCCCAUAGCUUGGCAUCCGACGAGAGUGUGACAAGACGGCUUGAGACAACCAGAAGGCAUGCCCUGGAGAACUUUGAGAAGGACUUGGGAGUUCGCUCGCUUGACCAGUUGGAAGGCCUCAUUGUGGCACAGAUUUUCGAGCUCACCAAAAUGAAUAGGUCUGGCACAGGCUAUAAGAUGCGCAAACACAUUGCCAAGGCAUUGCAAACUCAUUCUACGGCAAUCAGGAAUGCUCUCGACCGCUAUAACGCUGCAGCGCGUGCAUUGUCCCCUCCACGCCAGACGUUGAAAUGGGAGGAGGUGGGGGAGUAUGCAUUUCUUGCAGAAUUUGACCUCCUUCGCGACUCACAUUCCAACGUCUCACAACGGCAAUGGGCAAUGCCAGCAGCUCGCCAAGCCACUGACUUAUAUUUCAAACACUGUCGUGCAAAUGAAGAGAUCACCCGACUCAAUGUUGAGGAUCACUACCUUCGUGAGUGUCAGCAACAAGCGGAGGCCUUUAGUCCAGCUCUCGCACAUCAGAUCAGUUUGCGGUGGCAAGCCCGAGGCAGGUUCAACUUUCGUCACAUCAAACGCUUGCAAGACAUCGCCAGACUUCCUGGGUUCUCUGGCACCAUUGUGCCUGGAGAGUGUGUCCUUAGAGGCACUGGAGAGAAGUCUGCAGAUGAUCUUGACGAUGACGAAGAGGAACUAAUGAAUAUGGAGGAGGCUGCCAAAGCCCUACAGAAUGUUCUGCAUAUCACCAUGGACUCAUGA